CCGCCAGGUUGACUCGAGCGUCCUGCCAGAGCCACUGGCCCCGGAGGCCACCCUAGACCGCAGCUGGCAGCCGCUGGCACGAGUGCAGGGUAACUGAGCCAGGGCCACUGGCGCAUUUGGCCUGGCCGAGGCCACCCCGCGCGGCCGUUCCACCGUGCCCGAGGCUGUCCUGGAGGUGAGGCCGGCCCACGGGGACCCUGCCCGUGCCCGGGCGCCGGGCGGAUUCCUGGGCAAGAUGAAGUGGGUGUGGGCGCUCUUGCUGCUGGCGGCGCUGGGCAGCGGCCGGGCGGAGCGCGACUGCCGAGUGAGCAGCUUCCGAGUCAAGGAGAACUUCGACAAGGCUCGCUUCUCUGGGAUCUGGUACGCCAUGGCCAAGAAGGACCCCGAGGGCCUCUUUCUGCAGGACAACAUCGUCGCGGAGUUCUCCGUGGACGAGACCGGCCAGAUGAGCGCCACGGCCAAGGGUCGAGUCCGUCUUUUGAAUAACUGGGACGUGUGCGCAGACAUGGUGGGUACCUUCACAGACACCGAGGACCCUGCCAAGUUCAAGAUGAAGUACUGGGGCGUAGCCUCCUUUCUCCAGAAAGGAAAUGAUGACCACUGGAUCAUCGACACGGACUACGACACGUAUGCCGUGCAGUACUCCUGCCGCCUCCUGAACCUCGACGGCACCUGUGCUGACAGCUACUCCUUCGUGUUUUCCCGGGACCCCAACGGCCUGCCCCCAGAAGCGCAAAAGAUUGUAAGGCAGCGGCAGGAGGAGCUGUGCCUGGCCAGGCAGUACAGGCUGAUCGUCCACAACGGUUACUGUGAUGGCAGAUCAGAAAGAAACCUUUUGUAGCAACAUCGAGAAUCUAGUUUCAUCUGAGAACUUCUGAUUAGCUCUCAGUCUUCAGCUCUAUUUAUCUUAGGAGUUUAAUUUGCCCUUCUCUCCCCAUCUUCCCUCGGUUCCCAUAAAACCUUCAUUACAUAUAAAGAUACACGUGGGGGUCAGUGAAUCUGCUUGCCUUUCCUGAAAGUUUCUGGGGCUUAAGAUUCCAGACUCUGAUUCAUUAAAAUAUAGUCACCCGUGUCCUGUGA